ACUUUUCUGAAAAAGUUAGGCUAGCAGUUUAUCUUUCGCCAUAUGAGCUAAAGUACAUAUCCCACUGCUACCGGUCCAUAUCAUUUCGGGAGAAUAGAAUAUUGCGUUUCACCUGGUAAAAAAUCGUGUCGAUAUGGACAUUAUAACAAUCGAAACGAAACACUUGAAUAGUUUGGUGCACGAAAAGUAAUCAAAAUCUUGAUUACAACUCCUUAUAUGGUCAUGCCACGCCCCAUUUUCAUGACGUCAUAAUCAUGAACUUGAUUAAUCAAGUUCGUGAUUACCUCCCCGUAGUUUGCCCAACUGAAUUGGACAUUGGUGAUUAAAAUGGCACUUUUUCAACGCCAACUCCAUGCCUAUUAUUAAAGUACAUUUAUCACUUAAGAUUUUGCAAAGUUUGGAGUUGAAACUGUUGAAACCUAGCUGAAGAAGAGGUGAAUGUCAAAACCAAGCAUGAGGACUCUUCUGCUUCUGUGCCUUGUUGGUGCUGCUUUUGCAGCCCAGAAGUCUUCAGAAGCUGAAGAUGUUGGGACAGUCAUUGGCAUUGAUCUUGGAACAACCUAUUCAUGUGUUGGUGUAUUCAAGAAUGGGAGAGUGGAGAUCAUAGCAAAUGACCAGGGCAACCGCAUCACUCCAUCCUAUGUGGCGUUCACCAAGGAGGGUGAGCGUCUCAUUGGUGAUGCCGCAAAGAAUCAGCUGACCAGUAAUCCAGAGAACACCAUCUUUGAUGUGAAGAGGCUGAUUGGAAGGGACUGGAAUGACCAGAAUGUUCAGAAGGAUGUCAAACUUCUGCCAUUCAAGGUGGUGGAGAAGAACGGCAAGUCGCACAUCAAGGUGACGGCCGGCGGCGAGCAGAAGGUGUUCUCCCCGGAGGAGAUCUCGGCCAUGGUGCUCUCCAAGAUGAAGGAGACGGCCGAGUCCUACCUGGGCAAGAAGGUGACGCACGCCGUGGUCACGGUGCCGGCCUACUUCAACGACGCUCAGCGCCAGGCCACCAAGGACGCCGGCGCGAUCGCCGGUCUGACCGUGAUGCGUAUCAUCAACGAGCCGACGGCGGCCGCCAUCGCCUACGGCAUGGACAAGGAGGGCAGCGAGAAGAACGUGCUGGUGUUCGACCUGGGCGGCGGCACGUUCGACGUCUCGCUGCUGACCAUCGACAACGGCGUGUUCGAGGUGGUGGCCACCAACGGAGACACCCACCUCGGCGGAGAGGACUUCGACCAGCGCGUCAUGGAACACUUCAUCAAACUCUACAAGAAGAAGUUCAACAAGGACCUGCGCACCAGCAGUCGCGCGGUACAGCGACUGCGGCGUGAGGUGGAGAAGGCCAAACGCACGCUGAGCGCGCAGCACCAGGUGAAAAUCGAGAUCGAGAACCUGUUCGAGGGCCAGAGCUUCUCCGAGACGCUGACCCGUGCCAAGUUCGAGGAGCUCAACAUGGACCUGUUCCGCGCCACCAUGAAGCCGGUGCAGCAAGUGCUGAAGGACGCUGGACUGCAGAAGAAAGACAUCGACGAGAUUGUGCUGGUCGGAGGCUCAACCCGCAUCCCUAAGAUCCAGCAGCUGGUGAAGGAGUUCUUCAACGGCAAGGAGCCUAGCCGCGGCAUCAACCCGGACGAGGCGGUGGCCUACGGCGCCGCUGUGCAGGCAGGCAUCCUGAGCGGCGACAAGAGUACCGGCAACCUGGUGCUGCUCGACGUGAACCCGCUGACGCUCGGCAUCGAGACGGUCGGCGGCGUCAUGGCCAAGCUGAUCCCGCGCAACACGGCCAUCCCCACCAAGAAGUCGCAGAUCUUCUCGACGGCAGCCGACAACCAGGACACAGUCACCAUCCAGGUGUUCGAGGGCGAGCGGCCGAUGACCAAGGACAACCACGAGCUGGGCCGGUUCGACCUGACCGGCAUCCCGCCAGCCGCGCGCGGCGUGCCCAAGAUCGAGGUGACGUUCGAGAUUGACGCCAACGGCAUCCUGCAGGUGUCGGCCGAGGACAAGGGCACCCAGACUAAGAAGCAGAUCACCAUCACUAAUGACCAGCAGCGACUGACGCCAGAGGACAUCGAGCGCAUGAUCGAGGAGUCGGAGCGCUUCGCCGAGGAGGACCGACUCGUCAAGGAGCGCGUGGAGGCCAGGAACGACCUCGAGGCCUACGUCUACAACCUGAAGAACCAGCUGAGCGACGAAAAGCUGGCCGGCAAGCUGUCCAGCGACGAGAAGACCGAGAUCGAGACGGCCAUCGAGGAGCAGCUCAAGUGGCUGGAAGACCACCAGGACGCCGAGACGGCCGAGUUCCGCGCCCAGAAGAAGGCGGUCGAGGACACCGUGCAGCCCAUCAUCGCCAAGCUGUACCAGGGCGCGGGCGGCGCGCCGCCCCCGGGCGGACCCGACUCGGACCGGGAGGAGCUGUAGACGUCCGCGGCGGCCGCCGCACACCGCCGAGUCUCGGCGUACUCAUGUGAUAUGGACUGAAGGACUCGAGGACAUGGUCAGUGAAGGAAAUGGAUGGAGUAGAGCUUUCAGAGUGUGGUCCACGGGAGGGGUUUCAUUCGGGUAUUGCACGAUUGAUGUAGAAAAUAGUCUGUUAGAUUUGCUGCAUUAUCAGCAGUGGCUUGAUUGUGUUUAGGUUUACAGUCUUUCUUUGUGUUGCCGUGGGAUUAAAGACAUUAUUUUAUUGGAUGCGUGCGUGUGCGCGUUGUAUCGUUACGGCAGAGCGGUAAUUUCGUUCAAGUUCGUCACUGGUUCCUAGAGUUACAGAUAGAGGAAAUAUUUCGUGAUACCUCCAGUUGCUGCGUGUUUUGUACAAAUAAAGAAAAUGAACUCAAAA